UGCGACCGGUGCACGGCGCGAAACCGUGGCCACUCCUCGGCACAGGGGUUGAUUCCUCCGGACACGCGGACCUUUCCCGGCCGGGGGUGACUUUUCAAAUCUAAUUAUUCGAUUCGAGUGCUCGUGUUAACGGAAAAUCAAGUCGUCCGAGUUAGUGCUCGGUCUUGCGACGACACUCUCGACGCAGUGCAGUGUACUUGAUUUGUGUCAAUCCUUCUGACAAUCUUUUACAUUGAUUUUUACAUAUUUUUUUCUACAUUAUCGUCGAUGUCCUCGUGAUUAUCGAGUAAAUUCGAUAUUUAUCUUUUCUCUUCAAUUAUAAGACUGUGCGCUUCUUUCAAAACUUUCCCUUCUUGACACAUUGAAGAAUGGCGGGUAAUAGCGUUCCGGUCUUAUUGGUCACUGCAAAUGUUGGCAGUAUUUUCGAGGAGCCUAGCGUGAUGUUAAAAAUUUGGACGGAAGAAUUUUUAUCUACUAUACUGAGGUUGGAUCCAAAAUUUAUUGCACUGCACUGCCAAGAAGUAGGUGGAAAAAAUUAUGAGCACAGCACCAGACAAGUGGAAGAUUUUGUUAGAUUAUUAAUGUCUUCCGAAGAAUUAAGGCUGUUUGAUAAAAUUAGAGUAUUCUUAGAUGAAGACUAUUCAUCUGCUGAACAUUUUACGGCACUUGGAAAUUUUUACUUUGUGCAUGAAUCUUUGAAAAACGUUUUAUUAUGGGAUUUCCAAGAAUGUACUUUUAUAUCCGUAAAUGGAAAGGAAGUUCAUUCUGGUAACAUAGAAGCAGUCACAACCAAAGAAAAAGCUAAGUUUCCUCAGGAAUUCUUUCCAGAAUGUAAGUGGUCCAGAAAAGGAUUUCUAAGGACACGAUGGAGUAUUAGUGGAACAGUUUUUGAUCUCAUAAACAUACAUUUAUUUCAUGAUGCCAGUAAUUUUAUUGCUAUGGAAACAUUUCCAUCCGUAUAUAGUAAGACGCGUAGAAGAGCACUCGAGCAUACAUUAGAUAGGUUUCAUAAUGAUAAAUAUUCAAAUGUACCAUACUUUUUAUUUGGAGACUUUAAUUUUAGGACAGAUACAGCCGGUGUAAUUAAAAAACUUACAGAAGAUACUCAAGAGAGAAGGUUAUCAAACAAAGGAAGCAUUUCAAAGUUACAAUUUCAUAAUAAAGACGAUGAUCUCAUAUUAACAUUAGGAAAAAAAGAAUUUUCUCAUUAUGAGCAUCAGAAUGUUUUUGUGAAAAAUAGUGGACAAUGGCUACGUGAAUAUGAUAGAGAGCUGGAAGACUUUGAUGGAAGAUUAUUUGAAUUUCCAAUUAAAUUUGUACCCAGUUAUCCAUUUGAAGAAGAUAUCAAUGAAGGUUCAAAUUAUAUGCAAACAAGAGUACCGGCUUGGUGUGACCGUGUUCUACUGAAUCCUACCGCUAAAAUGCUAGUCCAAGAUAUAUCAUCACCUGAUGCUGUGGAAUAUGGAAUAAUAGGUCCAACAACUUGUAUGGGCGAUCAUAAGCCAGUCUAUUUGAGGGCUAAUCUCAUCGUGGACGAAGGUAUGAUAAACUGCUGCAGCUUGCCGAGUGCACCUGAGUUUUGCUUUCGAGUGCCAAACAAUUACGUGGAAUUGUUAUCCAUGUUGCCUGAUUACAGUAGUUGCGUUAGUGGACGAGUCAAUUAUACGGAUCGUUCAACUAAUCUGUUGCACGCAGCACCCAUUAAGCAUGAUCCUUAUACCCCGGAUAGUAUGGACAGUCCAAGUCCAAAUGCUAUAAUAAUACCUUCGAGUGAUGCUCCAGAUGUAGACAUAGAUAUGAACAAUACGUCUAUGUCACAUUUUGCACAGACGUCGAAUAUCAGACGUUUGGACAGAGCUGUGUCGCCAGCUCUCUUGAAAUCCAAAUUAGAACUAAUCGUUCAGAGUAAAGGACAGGAGACGGACAUGGAUCAAGAUACUAUUGAUAUUAAAAAAAGUCCUAGUGAUUAUUGUCUACAUUCGUGGUCCAAUUCCGAAGAACAACAAUGGACUGCGAGAACGAAUAGAUGUAAUAGCGAUGUAUCCUGGCAAAGAUCCCAUCUGUUAACUGAAGCUUGGAUUCAAGGCAAAGGACAACAAGGAUAUCAUUCUUUUGGAGAUUUCAUCAAUCGAUCAUCCUUAGACUCAACUCCACCGAAUGGUGAGGGUUUGCCUUCAGAUUUAAUUAUACCAAGAAUAUCAAUUAUAAAUGCUAGCAAUUUUGAAUCAAACGAGAGUUCUGUAUACUUACAUGACGAUAAAUAUAGUAAUUAUUCAGAUAAGAAACUGAGCACUUAUUCAGACGACCGAACAAAGAGCUUGAGUGGUGAAGCGUUUAGUUCAGAAAAGUCGGAUGAACUUUGCGAUAAAACAGAUGACGAGAGCAACAGACUGAAUUUGAAUACGAAAAAAAUAGGAAUCAAUGAAAACUUAUAUUUGCAGAAUAUAAGUGAGCUUAUAACAAAACAAGACAAAGAUUCUUGUACAAUGAUAGUUAGUACAAAUCUCUUUCAAACGGAAAAUAAGUUGAGUAAAAUGAACGAAGAGAGAAUAUUUGAAGAUAGAGAGAAACGUUUAAAUGAAAUUAUAGAUACUUUACAAAAUAUAGAAGAUAAUAAUAGCAAAAAUCAGUAUGCAUUAGAAAAAAAUGAUGCAUUGGUUGAUAAUAUUAGUAUUAAAAAUAAAACUAUAAUUUCGGAGACAACAUUAGAAAAUGAACAAACUCCUGAAGUAUUAAAAGACAUUACAGAAACAGUAAGUCAUCUUGGAAUAAAUAGAAUGAAAGUUAAAAAAAUCUUUAUCCCAAAAAUAAAGAAAGAAAUAAAAUUAGAGCAAAAUAAAUGUAAUGAAACAAAUGUAUGUACAAAUGUAAAAGAUAUUGAUACAGGAAUUAAACAAGCUGAAAUAUUAAGGUUUGAUAGCAAAAAUGAAAUAAUAGGAUCACAACAAGUUACAAGAAGCAAUUCUGUACAAAGUCAAAACGAUAAUACAGAGGACAUUAAGUUAAAAGCAUAUAAAUCUGAUGCAGAAAGUUGCAAGGAUAAUAUCAUUAAAAAAGAAAACAUGAUGAACGAGAAGUCCGAAUCUGGUACGAUGUCCAAUUUGAGCAGUCGUGAAAUAUUCAACAAUAUCAAUGACAACCAUGGCAACAACAAUAACAACGGCACGACAACCAUUACAAGAUAUAUUCAUAUUAAACAUGCAGAUUCGUCGGUUAAAAUAUUCCGAGAAACAACCGUUUGAUAUCGAAUUUAUAAUUCAUAUGGAUUUUCCAUGUUAUGGGAAAAUAUUUCAUGAAUUUAUGGUUAUGAAAUUGCGAUGCAACUAAUCCUUCGCAUAGAUUUUAACCACAUCGUUUUUAAAAUAUAUUGAUAACUGAAUAUCAUUAUUAAAUUCGAAUGCUUCGAUUAUCGAUUUUAAUAUAUCGAUUAUACUGAAAGAAUAAUCGUAAAUCAUCAGAUGAAUUUGCGUAUGAAUGAACUUACGUGAUUCACUUAAUUGAAUACGAAAUAACGUAAUACAAUUACAAAACAUUUCGCUUACAACGGAUGAUCGACGUAUAUAUCCGUGCAUACCGUCAGUACGAACUGUUUUUCGCGCGUGUAUAUGAAAGCUUUGGGUAAGUUUACAUGAAACUCAAAAUACACUAUUAUGACCCAUUAAUUCAAAGUACGUCCUAUUGAACUAUACGAUAGAGAUGUUAGCAUAGAUAAAAGAUGAGACUUUUUCGAGAAUUGUUAUUGAGAUGAAAUAUAUAUCACAUGUGCAAUUAUCAUAUUUCAUUUGUUAAAUGUCUUGGUGUUCCUACGCUACAUUCUUUCGAAUAGUUCUUCCUUGUAACGAUAUUUGCGUAAUUAGACGAUCACAUAUAAGAUUCACGAUAGAGAAAACGUUUUCAUGGAAGAUCGUUUGUUGUGAUAUUACCAUGGUACCUCAUUUUGUUGGAAAUCGCGAAAGCUGAAAGAAUAGUAUUGCGCUACGAUUGCUGCCAAUAUCGAUUCCAUUUCACCUUUUGCGAUGUGAUUCAAUUAUAAUCGAUGCGUUAUAUUUUUGAAUUUCGUUGCAAAAAGUUAAUGAGAAUCAUUUGCGAAAGAAUGAUUACGUAUGAGGUAAAAAAGUAGAAAAUAAUCCGUUUCUAUAAUUGAAACCUCGUGCGUAAUAAUUCUGUUGCAAUUCUGUAAUAUGCACGUCAUUUUCUAUUUCUCGACAUUAAUGUCGAGUUCCAUUAAUGAAAAGAUUCCUCUUAUCAGAAAGAAAAUGGCUCCUAUCGUUUAAGCUAAUAAUUUUUUUUUCUUUUUCAUCCUUUUUUUUUUCUUGGCUAUACUAUUGGAUAACAAUAUUUUCAACGCUUAAACAAAUUAUAUAUGUUAUACUAAUCUCUGAUAAUCAAUUUACUCGAAAUACUUCAUUUACCAUAAUAUCUUAAUCCGAUCCAAUUGGACUAAAUUUGUGGGUACAUUCCAUUAGCGUAACCACUAGCUAGGGAACUCAAAGCUUAUGAAAAAUUGUCGAAAGAUACUCGGAUGUCGUUAAUAUAGAAGAUACAAAGUUUAGACGUGUUAGAUAUUAUAUUCGCACGCAACAUAUCUAUAUUUCUCCAUUGACAUGCAUAUGAUAAAUAUAUAUAUAUAUAUAUAUAAAUAUAAAUAUAUAUAUAUAUACUUGUUACAAAUCCCUUGCGGAAAUUUACCGCUAUUUAAAAAUUUUAAUCUUUCCACUGCCCCCUGGUUAUAUCUUUGAUGAAUUCAUAUUUUUCGGUGUUAUAUGGAAAUAUAUAUAAGAAUGUAGUAACACCAUACUUUAUUAUAGAUUAUGUUUGUCUCUUUCGUUAAAUUUUCUAUUAAUUUUAAUAAAGCGAAAAACGAAUAAUUGUGCUUCUACUCGAAUGAAACAAAAGAUUUAUUAAUCUUUUUUGUUUUGUAUUUUCUUUUCUUUGCUUCGCAGAAAAGCGAAAGAAAUUAAUUAUUUUGUAAAAAAGGUUUAUAUCGUUAUACCUCAAAAAAAUUGAGACGUAUACCUACGACUGCUUUUAAAUCCGUUCCAUCUUAUACACUAAUUCGCAUGUGUAACAAUAGUGAUAAAAAUAAGCACGAACAGCUAUUGUCAAUAAUCGUAGAAGCUAAUUUGUUAUCUUCAAUAGUUGUAUUCGUGCUUAUUUAAUGAAAAGUCGUAAUAUUGUUCGAUGACAUACACUCGAUUAUCAUUUUGAUUAUCAUAAUUUCUCGUGUUUUUUUUUUCUUUUUUUUUUUGAUAAUUGUUAUUUGAAAUUAUUGUCUGUUUUGUCAAAGUGUAUGUCAAUGAUAAUUGUAAGCCAUUCCUCGAGUUAGCCAUAAGCUAAUUGAAAAUAAAAUGUACAAUUCGAUGAUUAGAAAUUUUGACGUGGUACCUGAUCUGUUUGACCAACCGUGUAUAACUACAUUGCGAUUGUUUCUCAUACGUAUCUAUUCUGCAGAAUUUCUAGGUAUUUCAUAAGUUAAUAAUAUAUCCUAUAAUUUCUAACAACAAUUCAUAUUACAAUAUUCUCCUUAUGCAAUACCUAGAAUACAUUGAAUUGUACAUUUUAUUUUGUUAAUAUGCAAUAAUUUAAUUAAAUCGAUGUACGUAUUAAUAUACAAUAUAUAAGAUUAAGAAUUUGAUGCUUUUAUCAGACUGGUUUUAGAAUCUUCCGCGCGGGCAAGUUUUUCGAGAAGAUUUUUAAAAGGAUCGUUGUUUAAUUAUCUCGUUAUAUCGAAGAAUUGUCAAUGAAUUCUGCUUUUCUAUAUUUUCAUAGUUUAUAAAAUAGUAGUGAAUAAAACAAAAAAAAAAAAGAGAGAGAGAGAGAGAAAAGAAAAAAUUAAGAUCAAUAAAAAUGAAGAAGCUAGAAAAUAAAAGAGAAAUUUUAAAAUUUUUAAUAAAAAUUCAAUUAUUGAUGAAAUUAAAAUGAAAAUUACACUAUACUAUCGAAAUUCUUGCUUGCUCCGAUACUUUACGAGAAGUUUUAUGAGGAACAUAAUUAUUUCUUCGACGGCAAGUAAACGUUGUACUUUUAUAAAUAUGAAUGUACUUAUAUUUUGUACUGACAGUACCUUGCAAAAGUAUACAUGUAAUAUGUUAAACGAUGAGAUUAUAUUGCGCGUGCACAAUGUGCAUAAAUGUUGUAACUGAUGCGCGUGGUAUAAAUGUUAUGCACGUAUGCAAUACGCAAUAGGGAUAUUUUAAUUUAAAAAGUGACCAAAAAUCUGUUGACAAAAUUAAAUACUCGUUAUAUUGUUUUAUUGAGUCAAAUGUAUAUUAUAUUGUAACACUUAAUUCAUGUAUAGCGUAGAGAAAGAAAAAUAAAAAUGAUCGUUUUACGAUGUGUA